AUGAGUUAUAGCGGCGAAACAUUGGACUUUCGAAACCUUAAGGUAAUAUCCGCUGUCGGACGUGGUGCCAAAGGCGUUGUGUUUCUUGCAAGACUCUACGGAUCAUCGAAAGAGGAAUGGCUGGCUUUGAAAGUGAUAUCGAAAGAGUUUCAAAAGAAGAAGAAUAAUAAUAGAACCGAUAAAUACAAAAGAGUUUCGUUUGAACAACAAAUCCUACGUCGUUUUGAUCAUCCCCUUUUGCCGCGAUUAAAAGGAGUUCUUGAAACAGAGAAACUCAUUGGUUUUGCAAUGGAUUAUUGUCAUGGUGGGAAUUUGCAUUAUGUUAAGAAGAAACAACCGGAGAAAAAGUUCUCUGAAGAAACCAUUAGGUUUUAUGCUGUGGAAUUGGUGUUAGCAUUGGAAUAUUUACACAAUUUAGGGGUAGUUUAUAGAGAUUUGAAGCUGGAAAACAUUAUGAUUCAACAAACGGGUCACAUAAUGCUGGUAGAUUUCGACCUAUCAAAGAAACUGAAUCCGAAAUCACCAAACUCACUAAGUUGCAACUCGUCACCCGGUUCAAACUCGCCAGGUGUGAAAAAUAGAACGAUGAAAUGGUUGUCACACUUUAAUUGUCAUUGUCCUUCUAUGAAAGCGGAAUUGGACUCAGUGAGUCAGAUUGAUCCUAACUCGACGUGUAAAAGGAGCGAGUCAGACUCGGUUGAGAAAUCCAACUCGUUCGUGGGAACUGAGGAUUACGUGGCACCUGAAGUUAUUGAGGGACACGGGCACAACUUUGCUGUUGAUUGGUGGUCAUUUGGCAUAGUUUUGUAUGAAAUGCUUUAUGGAAUGACGCCAUUUAAUAGUCCUAAUAGAAAGGAAACGUUUUAUAAAAUUUUAACUAUGGAGCCUGAACUAAAGGGUGAAAUGACGCCAUUGAAGGAUUUGAUUGUGAAGUUGCUUGAGAAAGAUCCUGACCUUAGGAUUCAGAUUAAUGGAAUAAAGGGUCACGAUUUCUUUAAAAGUGUAAAGUGGAACAUUGUGUUGGAAAUUACUCGUCCACCUUAUAUUCCUCCUAAUGAAAUUGUCGACAAAGCUGGAUUUUCAAGGAAAGAGGUUGAGUCAUUUGUUCAUGGAAUAUUUUUUCCUAAAACUAAAAAUAAUAAUACUAAUGGUGAAAAGGAGAAAAAUAAUGAAGAGAUUAAAAAGGAUGGAAAGGAGAAGGGUGAGAAUGAAGAUAUCAAUGAUUGUGGUAAUAAGAACGUUUGGGUUGAGAAGUUGAGUCAGAACCAGACAAGAGAUGAUAAAUUUUUGAUCUUUUAA